GCCGCUGCCCCUGUCAGGACUACAUUUCCCAGGGGCCAUUGCGCCGGGAGGACACGCCCACUUCCGGCGAGGGCUCAAACUCCGUGCGUGAGCGAGUGUGACCGGUUCUGAGGAGGAAGCCGGCUCGGGUGGCGGCAGUGGCUGGGCCCGGGCCCCCGGAGACCCCAAGGGGUUGGCGUUCCGGUCCGCGCAUGCGGGGCGGGCGUGAACGUGUGCGCGCGACUUGGCAACUGACAAGCGUGGUGUGUGCAUGCGUUUGAGAGGAUGUGUGACUGACGGGGAGGAGGCGGGUACGCGUGUGAAUGGGGCGGUGUGUGCAAGUGUGAGAUGUGACUGGCGGGGCGCAGGAGGGAUGUGUGUGACCGCGGCGUGUGUGUGUGCGCGUCCCGGCAGCGCGUGAGAGACGGCGUGCGCCGGAGUGAAGGAAGGAUGUUACGCGGCUGAGAGUGGAAACCCUCCUGGCCGAGACCUUGCUCCCCUCCGACCCCGCCCCGGAGCGCCCCCGUGGGCCGAAGCCCCGGAGUCCGGGCGGGUGCCGCCUGUCCCACCUGAGGGGCGGGCCCCGGGACGCGUCCACAUGUCCACGGACGGAGCACAGGGAUGAGGACACUGAAGCGUAGAGAGGACAAGUGUCGCAAGUAAGUGGAGGAGCCAGGAUUCGGAUCCAGGACAGCUGACUCCAGAGUCCUGCGUCCUGGCUCUCGUGUAAUCCCCUCGACAACUGCUCGAGCUCUGCCCUCUCAGAGUAAAGCUCUUCUCCAAAUGAGGAGCCAGGAAGAGGAGGAGGUGACAGGAAUUGAACUUCUUAAAGCUAUGUCCCUGGAUUCAGUGACUUUCACAGAUGUGGCCAUAGACUUCUCCCAAGAUGAGUGGGAAUGGCUGAAUCUUGCUCAAAGGACUUUGUACAAGAAGGUGAUGUUGGAGAACUACAGGAACCUGGUUUCCUUGGGUCUUUGUAUUUCUAAACCAGAUGUGAUCUCCUUAUUGGAACAAGGUAAAGAGCCCUGGAUGAUGAAAGGAGAGAUGACAAGAGGCCUAUGCCCAGACUUGGAAUAUGUGUGGAUGACCAGGGAAUUAUCUGCAAACCAGGACAUUUUUAAAGAAAAAUUAUCCCAGGCAAUGAUAAUGGAAAGGCUUACAAACUAUGACCUUGAAUCUUCCACAUUAGAGGAAAACUGGGGAAACUGUGAAGACCUGUUUGAGAGGGAGCCCGUAAGUCAGAAGACACAUUUUAGGCAAGAGAGAAUCACCAAUAUAGAUACCCUUACUGAGAAAAGAGACCAUUCUAACAAAUCUGGGAGAAUUUUUCAUCUGAAUACAUUAUCUUAUAUAAAACAGGUAUUUCCCAUGGAAGAGAGAAUAUAUAGUUUUGACACAGGUAAGAAAAUCUUAAAAACACAUUCAUUUCUUAAGAAACACAAGCAAGUCUAUGGAGAAAAGAAACUUUUGAAAUGUAAUGACUGUGAGAAAACUUUCAGCAAAAUCUCAACCCUUACUCUUCAUCAAAGAAUUCAUACAGGAGAGAAGCCCUAUGAAUGUAUUGACUGUGGGAAAGCCUUUAGCCAGAGUGCCCACCUUGCCCAACAUCAGAGAAUACACACAGGAGAAAAACCCUUUGAAUGUACUGAAUGUGGGAAAGCCUUCAGCCAGAAUGCUCAUCUUAUUCAACAUCAGAGAGUUCAUACUGGAGAAAAACCGUAUCAAUGUAAGCAGUGCAAUAAAGCCUUCAGCCAGCUUGCACAUCUUGCUCAACAUCAGAGGGUUCACACUGGAGAGAAACCCUAUGAAUGUAUUGAAUGUGGAAAGGCUUUUAGUGAUUGUUCAUCCCUUGCUCAUCAUCGAAGGAUUCACACUGGCAAAAGACCUUAUGAAUGUAUUGACUGUGGGAAAGCUUUUAGGCAGAAUGCAUCUCUUAUACGUCAUCGGAGAUAUUACCACACUGGAGAGAAACCCUUUGAUUGCAUUGACUGUGGGAAGGCUUUCACUGAUCACAUAGGACUUAUUCAGCAUAAGAGAAUUCAUACUGGAGAGAGACCUUACAAAUGUAAUGUGUGUGGGAAGGCUUUUAGCCAUGGGUCAUCCCUGACUGUGCAUCAGAGAAUUCAUACAGGAGAGAAACCUUAUGAAUGUACUGUCUGUGAGAAAGCCUUCAGCCAUCGUGGCUCACUUACUCUUCAUCAAAGAGUUCAUACUGGAGAGAAACCCUACGAAUGUAAGGAAUGUGGAAAAGCUUUUCGGCAGAGCACACACCUUGCUCAUCAUCAGAGAGUUCAUACUGGAGAGAAACCUUAUGAAUGUAAGGAAUGUAGCAAAACCUUCAGCCAGAAUGCACACCUUGCACAACAUCAGAAAAUACACACUGGAGAGAAACCUUAUGAAUGUAAGGACUGUGGUAAGGCCUUCAGUCAAAUUGCACACCUUGUUCAACACCAGAGAGUUCAUACUGGCGAGAAGCCUUAUGAAUGUAUUGAAUGUGGGAAGGCCUUUAGUGAUGGCUCCUAUCUUGUUCAACAUCAGAGACUUCACACUGGCAAAAGGCCAUAUGAAUGUCUUGAAUGUGGAAGGGCAUUCAGACAGAGGGCAUCCCUGAUUUGUCACCAAAGGUGUCAUACAGGUGAGAAACCUUAUGAAUGUAACGUUUGUAGGAAAGCCUUUAGCCAUCGUAAAUCCCUCACGCUACAUCAAAGAAUUCAUACAGGAGAGAAACCUUAUGAGUGUAAGGAAUGUAGCAAAGCCUUCAGCCAGAUUGCCCAUCUUACGCUACAUAAGAGAAUUCAUACUGGAGAAAGGCCCUAUGAAUGUAAAGAAUGUGGAAAAGCCUUCAGGCAGAGUGUACAUCUUGCUCAUCAUCGGCGAAUUCAUAUUGGAGAGAAGACCUAUGACUGCGGGGAGUGCGGCAAGGCCUUCCGCCGCAGCUCGUCGCUCGUGAAGCACCAGAGGAUCCACAGCGGGGAGAAGCCCUUCGAGUGCCCCGUGUGCGGGAAGCACUUCGUCGAGCGCUCGUCCCUCACCAUCCACCAGCGGGUGCACACCGGCGAGAAGCCGUACGGCUGCGGGGACUGCGGCAAGGCCUUCAGCCAGCGCAUGAACCUCGUGGUGCACCAGCGCACGCACACGGGCGAGAAGCCGUACGCCUGCGCCGUGUGCGGGAAGGCCUUCCGCAAGACCUCCUCCCUCGCGCAGCACGAGCGGGUGCACACCGGGGAGAAGCCGUACGCGUGCGGGGACUGCGGCAAGGCCUUCAGCCAGAACAUGCACCUCGUCGUGCACCAGCGCACACACACCGGCGAGAAGCCGUACGUGUGCGGGGACUGCGGGCGCGCCUUCAGCCAGAACAUGCACCUGACGGAGCACCAGAGGACGCACACCGGCGAGAAGCCGUACGCGUGCAAGGAGUGCGGCAAGGCCUUCAACAAGAGCUCCUCGCUCACGCUGCACCAGCGGAACCACACCGGGGAGAAGCCGUACGUGUGCAACGAGUGCGGUAAGGCCUUCAGCCAGAGCUCCUACCUCAUCCAGCACCAGCGCUUCCACAUCGGCGUGAAGCCCUUCGAGUGCAACGAGUGCGGCAAGGCCUUCAGCAAGAACUCGUCGCUCACGCAGCACCAGCGCAUCCACACGGGCGAGAAGCCCUACGAGUGCUACAUCUGCAAGAAGCACUUCACGGGGCGCUCGUCCCUCGUCGUGCACCAGACCGGCCACACGGGCGAGCGGCCGUACCGCUGCGGCGAGUGCGGCAAGGCCUUCGGCCAGAGCGCGUACCUCAUCGAGCACCAGCGCAUCCACACCGGCGAGAAGCCCUACAGGUGCGGCCAGUGCGGCAAGGCCUUCAUCAAGAACUCGUCGCUCACCGUCCACCGCAGGAUCCACACCGGCGAGAAGCCCUACCGCUGCGGCGAGUGCGGCAAGACCUUCAGCCGCAACACCAACCUCACGCGGCACCUGAGGAUCCACACCUAGGGGCGCGGGCCUCGCGGUCUGCCUCCGGGGGGCCCUUAGUCCGGGCGGGCAGAGCGAGCUUCUCGUGCUGGAGCCCACGGGCAGCACAGUCGGAGGAGUCCCGCCCCAGCCGCGCUUUGCGGACGUGGGGGCCGUGGACAGGCGCUGCUCACACCGCCCCCUCCUCACGCGGCGUCCGCACGUCCCCAGUGGGAAGCGAGUCCCGACAGGUCUAAUGUAUUUGGGGACACGGUGGGGUUCAUGGUGGCUGGUAACUCACGGGAGCUCCAGGGACGCAGGGCGUCAGGGCUCUGGACCCAGCUCGGAGAACGUGGUGGUAAGAGCUUGGAGAAAGCGCUUAGUGGCUCUGGGUCUCCCUUCCCUCCAUGUGAAGUGGGGGUGGGGAGAGGCGGAGGGGGACUUGAUAACUGACCAUGGGGACGUUUCUCCCUUUGUCACACACACCCUCCAUCUGGUCCAGAUGGCAGGUUGUCACCUUCUGUGAGUUUCCUUGAGGAGAUAAGAGCUAGGGGGCCCCUCUGCCCUUCCCGCGUCCCAGCCCCGGGCAGUCUCCCCACAGUACCUGCCAGAAGCCUCCAAGCUGAUAAGCCGUGGAAGUCGGCACAUGAUUAUGAGGAGAAGAAACUUUUUUUCAGAGUUAGCAAAUAACAGUAACUGCUUCAGAUGCCAAAGUUUCUCAUUGUGGUCUGUUAAAUUUUUUAAAAAUAAAACUUUU